AUGCACGACAAGGCGCCAGACACUCAGGCUUCGACACCGUCAAAAGUCUCCUCGUUUUACAUCGAAAACCUACUCGGCUCGAGGAAGAAUGGAGAGUCAACGUCUUUCAACCGACAGGUCAACAACAACAACAGUCAAUACAGUAGCAGGACCGCGGAGGAGAGUAUGGAGAGGAAUGAGAUGGUCUACCCUAGCCGAGUCUUAGCGGGACAUCCCAGCCAACUGGCCGGUCAAGUGGCAGUCUGCUCCGGCCUCGGCGCCGAAGGUUCCCCCCGGAGAGACUCGCAGUUAGAAUGGUACAGAGCAGCCGCAGCCGUUAACGUCAAACCACUCAGUCUCAAAAGGUCCAGCAAUCCCAAAGAGGACAGUAGAUGCUCAGAUGACCGUCGCUGCUCCCACUCAGCCAGCGACCGAGACUCUGUCUCUCCCGCGGUGUCAGAAGAACCCACUGAAGGCAGCGACAAAACGGGACGGAAAACGUCAGACAGCAGCCUGACCGACGACAACGACGAGACGCAGAAUGGCUUUGACGAUCAGUCGGACCCGGAAACCCCUCUGGACCAGAGCUCUAUCCGGAAGAAGAAAACUAGAACCGUUUUCAGUCGGAGUCAGGUGUUUCAGUUGGAGUCGACGUUCGAUAUGAAACGGUACCUCAGCAGUUCUGAACGGGCAGGUAUCGCGGCCUCUCUCCACCUAACGGAAACGCAGGUGAAAAUCUGGUUCCAGAAUCGACGGAACAAAUGGAAGAGACAGCUGGCGGCGGAUCUAGAGGCCGCAAACGUUUCCCACUCGUCCCGACGGAUAGUCAGAGUUCCGAUUCUAUAUCACGAAGGCAACACGCACUCGACGUUGCGUUUCAACAUCGACGUGUCCCAGGUCUCCCCACCGUUGAUGAGUUUCUCAAACCCUGUGAACUAUCCCUUCUCUUCGUUCGCUCACUCCGUGAGUUUACUACGCUCGCAAAUGACCGGGUUGGUGUAA